UUGGCUGCGAAUCCUCAACCGACAACACCUGCUUAACUCCUUCAUCCAAAUUGACACCCAGGGGCUCUGAGGAAUAUAGGCAGCAUCCCUUCCAGCUCAUGCAUUCAGUCCCACAGAGCCGCUGCUGCAGCCACCACAGAUUCCGGGGUGAACCCUCGCGCGCUCGCACCGCCGGAUCCUUGCUGGGAAUAGAGGCGCACUGUCCCGACAGACAGACGGGCGAGAUGUUGGUCAAGCUGGCCGUGGCGCUGCUGGUCCUGUCCGUGCUGGAGCAAGUAGUGGGGUUGGAUACUAUUGAUUUUCACGACAGUCCUCCGGAGAAGCCGCUGAGCCAGAAAGGGCGCCUCUCUCUGCAGAACACAGCUGAGAUCCAGCAUUGCCUGGUGAACGCCGGCGACGUCGGCUGCGGUGUGUUCGAAUGCUUUGAGAAUAACUCCUGCGAGAUACGAGGGCUUCAGGAAAUCUGCAUGACGUUCCUGCACAACGCUGGCAAAUUUGACUCUCAGGGGAAGUCGUUUAUCAAAGAUGCUCUGAAAUGUAUGGCGAACGGACUACGGCACAAGUUCAGCUGCAUCAGCAGAAAGUGUGUGUCCAUAAAAGAGAUGGUGUUCCAGCUCCAGAGAGAAUGCUACAUCAAACACAACCUGUGCUCUGCUGCGAAGGAAAACGUGGCCGUCAUGGUGGAGAUGAUCCAUUUCCAGGAUCUUUUCCCCAAAGGUCCAUAUGUGGAGCUGGUGAAUAUACUCCUGAGCUGUGGGGAGGAAGUGAAGGAGGCGCUGACGAGGAGCGUCCGGCUGCAGUGCGAGCAGAACUGGGGGGCUCUGUGCGACAGCCUCAGCCUCUGCUCCUCCCUCGAGUCGCCUCCCGCCAGCACCGCUGUCGGACAGCACCGCCACCACCUGCCUUCUCACCUGGAGCCGGAGCACCCUCGCCCUCCCCGGCAAGACAAAGAGAAAGUCGGUAAGGCGGGCUUCGGCACUCACCCACGCAACCGCAAUCAGGGAUCCCGACGUCACAAUUUGGAAGCUGGACUGGUGGCUGAACAGGAAGACUCCAAGGCCACCGACAUCCGGAGGUGAAAACUCAGGAGAAACCAUGAAGCUCGGGCGACAUUUGAAAGCCACACUUGCAGACUUGUGCACACCUCACACACACACAUACACACACACAUAUCACAAUGCAGACAGACUGAACAGGAGGAAACAAGCGCCAACCUUUCCAGUCCUUCUUCCGCCUCUCCAGUCAUUCCAGCAGCCCCACACGGUAAACUUGCAGGGUAAUUGGGGUAUAGCUUCAUACUGUUACGCCAGACUCUAGGCCGCAGUUUCUGUUUAUUCUUAUAAUGAAUAACAAAUGUAAUUGUCAUGAUCAUAUCAACUGAUUUUGGCUCUAAUAUAGCAUUUCUCACACUUACUGUAAAAUUUGAUUAUAUUUGUAUUAUUUAUUUUAUUCUUUAUGCAAUGUUAAAAUAUCAAAAUGUAAAUAGAAAUAAACAUAUCUAUAUUUAUAUAAUCAUGUAUAAAUAUAGCUUCAAUUUGCAAUAUUGAUAUAGGAUAGGUGGCCCUGUGAUGGACUGGCAUCCUGCCUCCCACUACAUGACAGCUGGGAUAGGCUCCAGCAACCCCCACCCCACAAAACCCUGAGCAGAAUGAAGCGGGUAUAGAAAGAGAUGGAUGGAUGUAGAAUAGGUGACAUGUUCUCUCCACAGUAUUCCACCCAUCACUCAUUGGUUUGUAGAUAUGUAAGAUACACAAUUUGCUGUUUUAAAGUGAGAAUGUGUAUUAUAGCUAUAGAUACUUGAUGAUUUAAAAAAACAAAAAAAACAAAUUGUGCAGGUUUUGUCCAGUUCUGGCACAUAGGAAUUUUAGCGCAAACUUGUGCAUUCUUAAAGUGAAAGUCCACUUUAAAGAGGAUGAAAAUGUAAUAUUAUGAAGAGUCAUUUUUACAGCUGUACACAUCUCCAUAAGAAAAACUAAGAUCAUGUGAAUUGGAAAAAGGAUGUAACAAAGCAAAUGUAGUUUUUUGGGACUCUGUUGUUUCAUACACUUUGAAAUGUGUCACUUUAAUGCAAAAAUGAUUGCACCCGUCUCUUUCAUUGUUUAUAGAGCUUUAGGAACUGUCUCUGAGGCAUUACAGGUCAUUUAUAUGUGCUUAUUUUCAGGAGAUGAUGCUUCUGUUCUCACACAGUAACUGAACUGACGUAAUGCAUUCUCUUUGAGCUGGUUUUCCAUUUAACUGUGAGCUACCAGUUAGAGGCAGCCAACAAAGGUUGUUUGAAUUCAAAGGGAAAAAAAAUAAAAAAAUCACAAACAUAACGGUGCCUAAACGUUGUCCACAGUGACCGCUUCUCUGUGAUUUAAGUAAAGGGGUGAUACUUUAUUAUGGGGAGAUUUACUGUUGAGCUAUUUUUAUGAUGGUGUUGAGCCACGAGUCUUAGAUUUUGCACUUUGGAUUAUUGUCAGUUUGUGUUGGACUGCUGCAAUUUGAGGAAAAUGACCAGAUUAUUCACCCUCCCUGAGCAACCUGGGUUUCCUUAUCACUGACAGCACUAUGUCCUGCAUGGCUCCUUAGGACCAGAUUGAGCCCCUUUCUGUAGUCGAGCCAUGUUGCCCACGUCUGGUGCCCCAGCGGACAGGAAAUAGGUUUGAAAGAAACCUUCCAGAUCUCUGGCUGUCUUUAAAUUAGUCCCUGUUCCUCUCUAGUCUCUUACUUGGGUCCCAAUGUGAAGGCCUGUUAUUUGUUAGAGCUACAGGCAACACAGCGAGAGCCCAGGAACUGGGUUACGUCCACACACGGGGGCUCUGGCACUGUUAUUCUAAAUGUUAUAUUUACCGAGGCCACCAGAGAAUUCCUCUGGGUCACAGCCAAGAACCAAUAUGCAGGGAGGUGGAGGAGAGAAGUAGGAGGGAGAGGGACCCGCUCAACAUCCUUUUUUUUGUUUUAUUUACGUGAUCAUUCACUCUGUCUUCUAAUGUCUUCUUUUCUUCCUCUUUUAAGUCAGAAACACACUCUUUUUGACCAUUUCAGGUCUGUGACAUGCUUUAGCUGUAGAGCGUCUGAGUAUAUUCCACCUCCUGCUGAGGUGUGCUUGGUGCAAAAGGCAAACAAAAGUUCUUUUUUUUCAGAUAUAGUAAUGCUCAGCUGUUAUUUUUUUUUCUUUUUUUUACUCAGACAUUUAGAGAAUAUUAUAUGUUAGACUUUCAUGCUUUUUUUGUCCUUUUUUGUGUAUUAUUCUUUUGUGGACGUUGGGUUAUCCCAGCACAAGACAUAAGCUAAUUCUAUGAGAAUGUACUGUAUGAGUGUAAAGUGACAAUCUGUUCAGCUCUCUGUCAUAAAGAUUAACAUGUCUUUUUGUAACAAAGUGGCUUGAAUAGCUUUUCUGUUUGGGUUCAGAGAUAAAUAAAAACUAACCCUGUUUCCUGUA